CGGGGCCUGUGCCGAGCCCGGGCGCCCCGCCGCCGAGCCCCUCGCCCUGGCACGCACUCUCGGCGCGCGCACACACCUCGGACAUUCCCAUAGUGCCUCACGUGACACGCGGCCCGAGCGUGCCCACCCGCUCCACAGCUCACGCACGCGUGCUCACACGCGCGCACACUCAGCCUCCCGGCCGCUUCCCAACUCCGUGCCGACCCCCAGCCGCGCCCCGCGAAGGCGCUCAUUGACGGUGACACACCUCCACUCAUUGAGACACACUCCCCCACGCCAGCUCAGACACACAUUCAUAAACAGGGCCCGGGAGUACACACGCACCCCCUCGCCGCCUACUCUCUUUCGGGAGCCCUGAGUCAUCCCUGCCCCCUCGCAGGGCGCCUCGCACGCCGCCACACAGGGACAGGCUGGGGACUAGUUUGACACUGCGCCAAGGACUUCCUGCAGGUCCCAGGUCAGGGGCCGCGCCUGGACGGUGGCCGCAGCCCCGGUGCAGGGGGAGGCACUUCCCUUUCCUGAACUCUGGGAUCCUGCGAGAGGAAGGGCUGGGCAGGGGCGAGCUCCCGGAGCCCUGGGCCUUCCUUGGGGAGGAGCUGGGCUGCCAGAGGCCCGGGAUGGGGCGCCCAGUGGCUGAGAACUUAGGGAGGGGAAAGAGGAGGGCGGAAGGCCGCUGUCCUGUCAGUCCACAGGUCUCCCUUGCGUGCUGCUGGCUGGGCUUCCUCGUCCCUGUUUGUCAACUGUGCCCCAGCUCCCCGAGUCCUGCCUCUUCCGCCCCGGAGAGUGGGCUUGGCGGUCUGAGAGGGGCUGCGGGAGCCCCCGCUGCGCUGCGGGCAGGAAGCUUCCACCCAGGCUUUGUCUCAGGGUGCCCCUGCGGGCGGCCAGCAUGAGGGGCCUGGGGACAAGGCCCAGGUGUCCCUCUCCACGUUGUUCCUGCUCUCCAGGAGGCUCACGGGGGGCUGAGGCCCUCACCAUGGAGUCCAUGUUUGAGGAUGACAUCAGCAUCCUGACCCAGGAGGCCCUGGGGCCCAGUGAGGUGUGGCUGGAUGGCCCCGGGGAUCCCUCGCUGGGAGGGGACAUGUGCUCGGCCUCCCACUUUGCCCUCAUCACGGCUUACGGGGACAUCAAGGAACGGCUGGGGGGCCUGGAGAGGGAGAAUGCUACCCUCCGCCGCAGGCUCAAAGUCUACGAGAUCAAGUACCCACUGAUCAGUGACUUCGGAGAGGAGCACAGCUUCUCCCUGUAUGAAAUCAAGGAUGGCUCCCUGCUGGAGGUGGAGAAGGUCAGCCUGCAGCAGAGACUCAACCAGUUCCAGCACGAGCUGCAGAAGAACAAGGAGCAGGAGGAACAGCUAGGGGAGAUGAUCCAGGCUUACGAGAAACUCUGCGUGGAGAAGAGCGACCUGGAGACGGAGCUGGCGGAGAUGCGGGCCCUGGUGGAGACGCACCUGCGGCAGAUCUGUGGCUUGGAGCAGCAGCUGCGGCAGCAGCAAGGCCUCCGGGACACAGCCUUCCCCAGCCUGAGCCCCCCGCCGGCCCCCGCCCCAUCCUGCACCGACCUGGACCUGCACUACCUGGCCCUGAGCGGGGGCUCCGCUGUGGGUCACGCAGCCUGGCCGGGCCCCGCCCCGAGUGUGAGCGAGCUGGAGCGGCGGCGGCUGGAGGAGGCGCUGGAGGCGGCCCAGGGCGAGGCGCGGGGGGCUCAGCUCCGCGAGGAGCAGCUGCAGGCCGAGUGCGAGCGGCUGCAGGGGGAGCUGAAGCAGCUGCAGGAGACGCGCGCACAGGACCUGGCCUCCAACCAAUCAGAGCGGGACAUGGCGUGGGUGAAGAGAGUUGGCGACGAUCAGGUGAAUCUGGCGCUGGCCUACACGGAGCUGACAGAGGAGCUGGGCCGCUUGCGGGAGCUGAGUUCCCUGCAGGGGAGGAUCCUAAGGACCCUGCUACAGGAGCAGGCCCGGAGCUGCGGCCAGAGGCACUCGCCACUGUCGCAGCGCCACUCCCCGGCCCCGCCCGCCUUCGAGGGCCUGCGGCUGCGCUUCGAGAAGCAGCCGUCGGAGGAGGACGAGUGGGCCGUGCCCGCCAGCCCGCCCAGCCCCGAGGCCGGCGCCAUCCGCUGCGCCUCCUUCUGCGCCGGCUUCCCGAUCCCGGAGUCGCCGGCCGCCUACAGCCCCGCCGAGCACGCGCAGUCCUGGCCGUCCAUCAACCUGCUGAUGGAGACGGUGGGCUCCGACAUCCGCAGCUGCCCCCUCUGCCAGCUGGGCUUCCCCGUUGGGUACCCAGACGAUGCCCUCAUCAAACACAUUGACUCUCACCUGGAGAACAGCAAGAUCUAGGCGCCUCCCCCGGCUGGCCGUCUGUGUCUUCGCCCCUCAUUCCACUCACCUUGAAUGCUGCAUGAAUCUCGCGGGGGGCCCCUGCCCCUCGCAACCCCCAGAUACCUCCACUAGCUACCGAGUGGACAUGUGUGCCGUCUUCCCUGGUCCAGGCACACUCAGCUCUGAUCUUGCCUGGGGGCUCUCCUAGCUUCCUGUUCCUGCUGGGGAAGAGGGGAGCGGGCCGAGAGGGAGGAGUGACGCCCCAGCAGCACCCUCUCCCUUUGCUCUCAAACAGGGUUGGAUCCCAGGUGUCUAGUGCUUGGGGAGAGGAGGGGCCGGAUGAUUCCAGGCGCUCCCUGAGGCCCGCAGACGCCCCCCUUCCCCAGCCUGGCUCUGUCCAGGGCGCACCUCCCCGUGGGGUCCCAGAGGCCGCCCCAGCAGAUGCCAGUUCCUCUGUCCCUCGGCCCCAGACGGGAGGCUCGUGGCACGGGGGACGAGGCGGCGACGUCCUGCAGGCCGACCCUGUUCCCUCCACCCACCCUGGGGAGCGGCACAGGUGGGCGAGCAGAGCAGGACCCAGCCCAAAGAGGCUGCCAGGGGUCGUGCCGGCCUCCCGGGCACCCGCCCUCCUGCACCUCCGCAUGGGGCGCAGUUGGUCAAGGCAGGUGCCCCCUCCACUCUUCCCCACCAGAGCCUGCUGGGACCCGGCCUCUGUGUGCCGGGUGGGUGUCAUCAGCCCCUGCACCCUGGGCCGGGACCCCAGAACCGGCCCAGGGUGCUGUGGAGGUCAACUUCAAAAGAGCUAACCCCCUUCCCGCACCCCGCGGACCCACAUUCCCUCUGUGAAAUCUACCUCAGAGUCGUACCCUCAGAAGGGUGGGAGCAGGAGGCCGGGGGCCCAGGGCCGAGGCGGGGAGCCUCCUGCCAGGGAGCCUGAUGUCCACACCAAAUGCACCCCUCCGCUGCGAGCCUCCCCCAGGCCUCGGCCCGGGCUGGCGGGCGGCAGUGGCCACUACCGCCUGCGCAUGCUCCGUUCUGAUCCAAAUCUUCCAGGCCUCCCGCCCCGCGCCCGCCCCUCGGCGCCGGAGUGAAGGGGUGUGGCGGGCGGGGAAGGGGCCGCCGACUCCAGAGACAUGCACGCUGUGCCCUGAGUGUUCCCCCGGGAGGGGACAUGGGGAAGGGGGCCUGGAGAGGGGCGGGGCCGUGCCCUCUGAACCAGUCGGAGUCCGAAUAAAACUUACCUGUUCCAUC